GCGGGGGAGCCAUGGUCUAUUUCCUGCACCGGGUGCUGUGGCCGCAGGCCCUUGUCCUGCCCGACGCCCUGGAUGACGCGCGGGACCGCUGCGUGUUGCAGGAGGAAGCAUCACCCUACUCUUUGGUCAGCAUCUGCCUGGAUGUCUUGGUUGCUACAUUAGAGCAAUGGUGUUCUACAAGACCUGAUGGAACAUUGUGCCUUCCAGAGCAUUGGCGUCUUCCUCGAGAAAUAUCUGAUCAAUUCCUUGAGAGGAUGACUUGGCGAGGCAAGUUGACUGACAGAACAGCAGCCAUUUUCCAAGGCAAGCAAACGAAUCUGAAGCGGAUAAGUAUCCAGAGAGCUAAACUCUCGGCAGCAGCCUUCACAAGAGCUUUCUGCCAUCACAAGCUUGUUCAAGUGAAUGCCACCUCAGUUGACUCUGAGCUUCUAGCCCCAGACAUCAUCCACGCUCUCCAAAGCAGUGCCUGGAUCCAGGAAAACCUUCAAUGCCUUCUGUUAGACUCAGCUAGUGUCCCUCAAGACUCAAGACUACUGGCCUUGGGUCAGUUCGUUGGCAUUCGCACUUUAAGCGUGGCCAACAUGUCCUUUUGGAGUGAAGACCUAGUGAGCGUUUCUCAGUUACCAAACCUGGAAAACUUGGACAUCUCCAAUACUCUGGUCACUAAUAUUUCUGCACUCCUCACCUGUAAGGACCGACUCAGAUCUCUCACCAUGCACUGUCUGAAGUGUCUGACCAUGACCAGUCCACAGAUCCUUGCAGUCCUCAGACAGCUGAAAUGCCUGCUUCACCUUGAUAUUUCUAAUCACAAGCAUCUCAGGUCAGACCUGGCUUUUUGUCUGUUACAGCAGAAGAACAUCCUGCCCAACCUAGUAUCCCUGGAUAUUUCUGGGGGCUUUGACAUCACCGAUGAAGUUGUGGAAUCCUUUCUACAGCAGCGGCCUGACAUGCGGUUUGUGGGACUCUUGUCCACGAAUGCUGGUUAUGCUAAUUUCUUUAUCACAAAGCAAGGCUUGAAGGUUGCUGGAGGAGCCAACAUGCAUCAGCUCUGUGAAGCCCUGAGCCGGUAUGGGAACAGGUCGUGUUUUAUGAAGGAAACACUCUGUAUGCUCUUCACAGAGACGCUCUCACUGCACGCCAUUCUGCCUGCCAUUCUAAAGCUUGUUGCUAUAGGAAUGAGGAAUCACCCACAGGAUCUGCCAGUGCAGUUCACAGGUAGUGCUUGUAUCCUCAACCUGAUUCGGGAGAACCUGGCUAAGGGAAUGCCUGUUCGUUUGUUGUCAGAAGUCACCUGUCUACUCUUCGAAGCAACGAAGAAUUUUCCGUUCUACAAACAGUUACAGAAGAAUUGCCUUCUCUCCUUAACCAGUUCCAGGAUUCUUUGUGACGUUCCGUUUGACAGGUUUGAUGCUGCCAAGCUUGUUAUGAGGUGGCUGUGCAAGUCUGAGAACCCCAAGAUGCAAACAAUGGCAGUGACCAUCAUCUCUAUCCUAGCCCUGAAGCUCCUGCCUGAGCAGACUGAACAGCUUCAGGAAGAGCUCAUCAUGACAGUCAAGGAGCUUCUAACAAUAAUCAGAAAAAAGACAGCCGAGAAUUUAAAAGAUGUCACCUUCUUGUUUACUCUGAAAGCACUUUGGAAUCUUACAGAUGAGUCUCCAUCAGCCUGCAAGUACUUUAUUGAGAAUGAAGGAUUGGCAGUCAUCAUCCAAGUCUUAGAGACGUUUUCCGAGCCUUUGAUACAAAGCACAGUACUUGGUCUUUUGAACAACGUAGCUGAAGUCAGAGAGCUUUCUCCCAAGCUGAUGACAGAAGAUGUUUUGAAACAUGUCACCAGUCUGCUCCAGAGCACCAACAUAGAAGUGAGCUACUUUGCUGCAGGCGUGAUAGCCCAUCUGACAUGUGACAGACAGCACUGGCUAUCCCGUGACCUACAGAGGAGUCAUCUUCUCCAGCACUUGCGUGUAACCCUCCAGAAUUGGCCAAGUUCACAGUGUAAGAUGUCGGCAUUGGUGACUUACAGAUCUUUCAAAGCCUUUUCUCCACUCCUUGGCAACUUCUCUCAGCCAGAAGUUCAGCUCUGGGCACUGUGGGCCAUGCAUCAUGUCUGCAGUAGAAACCCUGGCAAAUACUGCAAACUGCUGGUCGAAGAAGGAGGACUGCAGCUCGUGUAUGAUAUCCAAGAGAACCGUCAGGCCAAUGCCCAGGUGAAGCAGAUGGCGGCCUCCAUCCUGGAGGACUUCCGGAUGCACUUCACAAGCUACCAGAGACUCCCCACAGCUCCAGUGCCCUCUUUGACCUAGGAGCCUUUGAGGGGUGAUGCUUAAGGACAGAGCUUCUGCCUUUGGGUAACAGAAUUUUAAAACCAGCUGUUGGCGUUUAUAAGUUAUCGACAUUUAUCUGUUGACUAUCUUGGUGUUUUUUUUUUCUGCUACAAAAAAGGCUUGGUCCUACUCCUGCACAACAGGAACAAAGACCUCAGAGAGACUUGGUAUUGGCCCAGACUUAAGAUCUUACUGUGUAUGCAAAUUUGUGUGUGUCCAUGUACACAUUUGGGCAAAUGCUUAAAAAGGCCAGAAGAGGGUAUUGGAUUUGGAACUGGAUGUAGGUAGAGUUUUCCCAUCCCAUAACCACUCUCAAACACUGUAGAUUAUAUUAAUUACAGAUGCUUGGUCAAUAGCUCAGGCUUAUUACUAACUAGCUCUUAUAUUUUAUAUUUUAAGUUAACUCAUAAUCCAUAUUUAUGCUCUUCCAUGUGUUGGUACCUUUAUUAGCAUGGCAUGUUCAUCUCCUGUUCCCUCUGUGUCUGCUGAUGACUCCAGAUUAUACCCUUGUUCUUUAUUAAUCAGUGAGAGUAAUACAUAUUCACAAUGUACAGAAUGAUUAUUCCGCAGGAGAUGGAGUUAUAGGCAGUUGUCAGCUGGGAGCUGAGAACCGAGCUUGACUCCUUUGCAAGAGUAGCAAGCACUUUUACCCGCUGAGUCAUCUUUCUGGCCUCUGGUCAAGACUUAACUGGAGUAGUACCGUAAGCCCUCUUUGAGCGUCA